AUGCGCCCUUCAUUCCGCCGUAUGGCGGGUCACAACAGUAUCCACAUGGACCCGGCGCUGGUCAAAUAUGCCAACAUGUAUGUGAAGCGACACGAGUACUUCCGCUGGACACCGCGCACCGCCUGGUUGACCUUCACCUACGUUAUCGCGAUUCCAGCUGGCGCAUUAUAUCUCGCAUGGACAACAGAUGGCAAAUGGGACAUGCGAGGAAAGCUUAAGGGCGAUACCAUUGCGGAAUUUUAG